UUUCACACAACAAUAACAAGGUCGCAGAGGUCGAUGAAGGAUACUAUACCUUCGGUAACCGCAUGCGCUCUCUGCCUUUACCCCUGCCGCGCGGUACUAGAGUGGCUAGGGGUCGUUAGGCAGCAGGCUACUUAGUGAGUGGCGGCGCCGCACUACUCUCAGAACCAGCCCGGGUCAUGCAGCAAGGUUCAAAAUAAAUACUGUAGGUCUGCUAACAUUUCACAUGUCUACUUUGCGUCUUUCCAGCCUUCCUUUUCGUCUACAAAACGCUUGGCGCUCGUUGAAAGACCGCAAGAUGGGUUCACCACAGAAUGUCCCCGUGCCAGAAGCCUGCACUCCAGGCUCUCUGGUGGCCGACUCACUAUCCAAUUCUCGGUCAGACGACUACCAAAUCUCAAUAAUAAGCACCUUAAGCAGACGCGAUGAAAACCCGGCACGAUGUACAUUCCUCGAUCUCCCAGCAGAAAUCCGAAAUCACAUCUACGGCUACAUCGUCGGCAAGUUCGAGCGGAAAAUCACGGAUCAUUGCGGGAAAGAACGAUGCGUGACAACCGUCAAGGGCGUCUUUUCUCAGCUACCAAGAUCAAUUCGUGGUCUGCUCAAUACCUGCAAAACGAUAUGGCUCGAGCUUCUCUCGCUACUAUUUGGAUCAUAUACAUGGACUGCUGAUCUCCUCUUACGAACCUCCCCACCAGGGAAGAUUCUUACACGUUCGCACAAGAGUUGGCUCCGAGAACCGAGCACACUCUUCCAUCCGACAUCCAACAACAUUCGCCGUGUUAAUUUCCGAAUCAGAGACACCGUUCCAAGACCAGGGUCUUCACCAAAGCUUCUUUUGAUAUACACGAUCAAAAUACGUCUGGACGACCGCACGAAUGCUGGUGCUUUCACGGCUCGGGCCUCGGGGAUCGCAACGGGCAUACUUGGCGAAAGCCGUUAUGAUUUUCAAUUAGACAAGAGUAAAGCUCUGGAGCAAGUACUAGAGCAGGGCAUCAAUAGCGCACUGCAGGAGGUGGUCAAAGCGAAAUUGGAAUCAAGGCAGAGUUGCAGUUGCUUCACUGUGGAGGAAUGGCAGGGGCUUGUAUUGAAGCUUAAGGAGGCGUAUAUGGCGUGGAUUGUGGACGAGCAAGCACCGGAAUGAGGGACGGCUUGCGCGAAGAAGGCUUGUACGAUGAUAUAUCAUAAAAGGAAGAAGACCCUAGGUGUUUCAGAAUACCAGUCAUUCAAACAA